AUGACAAGUCAUAUGACAGAAAAUCUGAAAACGCCACUCAUACCAGACAACUUCGAUCUAGAGCAUCCUGAAUCUCAACGUGAAAUUAGAGACAGUUUCGACCUCAAUAGUUGUAUAUGCGAUGAGAUAUCAUAUCUUAAAACGCUUGAUAUAUUCCGGAAUGUGAAGAGCGUUGCCAUCGUAGGCAGUUUAACUUUUUUCUCUACGCUUCAUCUUGAAAAAUUACUCGUUCAGUCAGGUAUUAAGGUCGCAUCAAAUUCUACAGCGGCAAACUGUAUAAUACUAGGCUGGUGGAUUCAGACUGGAGUUGUAGACAAUAUUGAUAAAAGUACACGAAUUAUAACUGAAGAGGAUUUUCUAGAUGCUUUAACCGUAACCGUCAAAGAAAGAUGUAGACACAUUAAGCUUCAGAGGCCCGCAAGUUUACUGGAGAAACGAAUCGGCAGGAGAACCCUGCUGAAAGAUUCACUGCUCCCUACACGUAUAAGCCACAUAUUAGGGCACAAGGAUGCAUUCAAUAGAUUCCACGAGUUUCUACUGGCGGCUGUGUCCCGUGAAUCUGAUAAAGACAACACCAAUCUGAAGGGGGGAAACGUGUGUGUCAUCAUCUACCCCCCCGGGUCCGGAAUCAGGAUCGGAAUAGAACUCAUAUGCAAUGCAAUGGGCUAUUGGUGCUUGUAUACUGACCUAGGUAUUGCCGCUGAUAAGUUAACGAAGCCCAAGGGAAUAAAGCCCAUAAACAUUUACUGCAGAGAAGUCUUAGACAUACUAACUGUGGAACAAAUAGUUGAAGAAAACAAAAUGGCGAUUGUCAUGAUAGAAGACAUCGAGUCCAAAUAUAUUACAGUCGGUCGUCCGUGCUCUGGUGAUUCGGUGAGGGCGAGAGGAACUGCAAGAAUUAAUGUCCCAAGCUGGGUUAAAAGCUACGCGGUGUGUAUACCUAUUUGCCCCACUACCGACCUGGCGUGCCGUGCACUUGUGCGCUCCAUACUUUGUGAUGUCUUUAAAAAGAAAUUCAUCAACGACUUCUACGUGGAAUACUUUAUAGAAGGUGGCAGGACCAAAAGCGGAUAUGUGGAUCUGGAGAGGGUUAUUAACAGCAUAGACUUCUAUCGCACAUCCACCUCGCAGAUUGAUGAUAUCCAACUACAGAAAGAAAGUGUCGAGAAAUACCCAUAUAGGGGAGCUUCGGAUGUCAGUCAGAGGUACGCAAGCAGUCUACAAAUUGUGGAAACCGGGUAUUAUUUUAUUUGCCGGACGCAUGGAAUGGACAACACCGACAUUGAUGCCCCUUUGCAUUGCGUUAUUAAGGAAGACGAUACCAAUCUUGAAUCUUCUGUUAGGUUUGAUGCGGCAGACAAAAGUACCACGCGUAUCGAAAUGAAUAAACUACUUGGGAACGUAAAAAGUUUAGAAAAACAGUUCAGGAAGGAUCAUUUGGAAUUAAUCAAGCUGCGCAGGAAACUAGCAACAGCUAAUAUCGCACCAUGCGAAAGCUAUGGUCCACCAAACCCGUGUCUUGUUUGA